CGCGUCCUCGUCACGGGCGCGGCGGGCUUCAUCGGCUCCCACGUCGUCGAGGCGCUCGUCGAUCCGGCCGCGUUCGGCGCGGCCUGGCCCGGGACGCGGCCCGAGGACGUCGUCGCCAUCGACGACUUCAACAUGUACUACUCGGCGGCGCUCAAGCGCGCGCGCGCGGCGAACGUGCUCGCGGCGACGGGCGUCGAGGUCCAGGCCGUCGACGUCUGCGACCGCGGCGCCCUCGACCGGCUCUUCGAGGCGCGGGCGUUCACGCACGUCGUCCACCUCGCGGGCCAGCCGGGCGUCCGCUUCCGCGACACGAGCCCCGGGUCCUACGCGGCGAACAACGUCGACUGCUUCGUCGCGCUCUUCGAGGCCGCCGCCGCCGCGCCGCUCAAGCCCUACGUCGUCUACGCGUCGUCGUCGUCGGUCUACGGGUCCAACGCGAAGGUCCCCUUUGCCGAGACGGACGCCGUCGAGCAGCCGUCGAGCCUCUACGGCGCCACGAAGAAGGCCGACGAGCUCGUGGCCUACGCCUACCACACGUCCGCGGGCCUGCGGUCCACGGGCCUCCGCUUCUUCACGGUCUACGGCCCCUGGGGCCGGCCGGACAUGUCCGCGUACAUCUUCGCGCGGUCCAUCGACGUCGGCGAGCCGCUGACCGUCUACAACGGCGGCGCCAUGGCGCGCGACUUCACCUACGUCGACGACACGGUCCGCGGCGUCCUCGCGGCGCUGAAAUACCGCGCGCCGCCGAACCUGGACGCGCGCUACGUCGACGACGCGUGCCACGGCGAGCCGCUGCCCGACGUCUUCAACCUCGGCCGCGAGGACCCGGUCUGGCUCAGGGACUACGUCGCCGCCAUCGAGGCGAGCCUCGGCAAGGCUGCUAUGAUCGUCGACGGCGGCGCGAGCCCGUCGGACGUGCCCGUGACCUACGCGGACGCGUCCAAGGCCAAGGCGCUCCUCGGCUGGGAGGCCGCGGUCGGCAUCGAGGACGGCCUCGCCCGCUUCGUCGCCUGGUACGCCGCCGAGGGCCGCGCGCACGACGAGUUCUACACCGCGGGCGCGUGGCACGGGUCCGCGUAA